CUUUCGUUUGCAACCGAGAAAGAAUCUGACUGCGAUACCUACAAGUCCUUAGUUGGGAUCCUGCACAAGGAUCUCGAGUGCUUUGUCGAGGAUGAUCACCACCAAAUUCAGCUGAGUGUGCAGGCGGCAAGGACGUGGGAGGAGACGACAGGGCAGGUUGAGAAGAGCAACAGCAUUGUUCGGGUUUCAUGUUCGUGUUGUGGUGUGCCAUUGAAGAUGAGCUCCUCUUCCAACUCCUAUCCCAAGGGGAAAAAUGGCAGCGCAUUAGCGCAGGCGCCCACGCCUUCUCCACGAGCACCCUUGAGAAGCGAUGAUCGCAGCUUGGACUUGCCCCACAUUCGAUGCACUGAACUCAAACUCAUGUCGGAUCAUGAGUCCGAGCUUCCAGAGGACGAGUAUGGAUCACAACUGCCGAAUCGCGACUCUCAGUCAGUCAAGGAAGAUCCGAAAGCAGAAGGCGAAGAUUUGGCUGAUGAUGCAAACAGGACACCUCUUUUCGGUAAAGGAAACAGGUUUUUCGGAAUCCCACUUACAGAUUCGGCUACAAACAGUCCUAGGGUGGCAAUGAGGAUUUCGAGGAAAUCGCCACUUGAAAAAACCGGCGAGUAUGCCUUGGAAUCUGUCGAGGAAAGCACUCCAAAUGAGGCAGAGUGUGAUUCCAUUUUGCACCGGUUGAAGAGGCAGGUCCGGUUAGAUAGGAAGUCGCUGAUGGCAUUGUACAUGGAGCUAGACGAAGAAAGAAGCGCUUCGGCUGUGGCAGCGAACAAUGCAAUGGCUAUGAUCACCCGGCUACAAGCAGAGAAAGCUGCUGUUCAGAUGGAGGCCUUGCAGUAUCAGAGAAUGAUGGAGGAACAGGCGGAGUAUGACCAAGAAGCGCUGGAAGCUACAUAUGAUCUGCUUGCCCAAAGAGAGGAGGAGCUCAGGCUUAUAGAAGCUGAAGUAGAGGCGUACAGAGAAAAAUACGGAUUGCUGAAGGAAUUUGCUUACGAAUCUGGUGAUGAAGGCAAAGGGAAAAAUGAAAGUGGAACUUCUGCUGGUGAGCUCAACAGCGAAAACACACAAAAUGAUCAACCAAGGGAGGAGAAUGUAGAGGGAGCACUUGCUGAAUCUUUGAAGCCUCUGAAGGGGGAGAAAACCUACCUCCUCGGUCGGAUUAAGAAACUCGACAAGAGAAGCAACUUAUCGGCUAAUCAUCUGGAUGAGAUAGGAAACGGAAACAAAGCUGCUCUAACAAGGCAAUUAUCAAUGUUGUCUCAUCUCAGUGAAAGGGUGAAGGUCCUUGAAUCAGACACAGGAUUGUUAGAGUAUGCAGCUAAGACACUUGAGAAACAUAGUGAAGGAACAAAACUUUUAACAGAGAUAACUCAAAACUUACAGAAGCUUCGGCAUCUCGUCAUGAUGCCACCGGAGGAAAACAAGGAACACAACGGGUUACCGUAGAUUUUUCCGGCAUCCCUAAUAGUACCGAUGGUAAAAUUGCUUAUACCAGUUCUACAUGUUUUACAUUAUAUCACCCUCUCUCCUUAAUUAGAUAGCUUGAAGCUCCAAUUCAUCUGUAAAUCUAUUGUUUUUACAAGGAAGGUAGAAGAGGUGAGGUCAAAACCUCACAGCCGAGGAGCAAACCCGGCCGCGGAGGACCAGAAGGGCCGGGCGAACCUCCGCAGACGGAUUGUUUCUUGUUCAUUAGAGAGUUUUUCUGUUACACUAGAGUCGUUGCUUCAUGUAUGGAUCCCAAAGCAUAUGAACUUCCUGUACUUUGUAUUCUCUUUACCCAUGAAGGAGGUUUCCCCUCCCUAAAUCGAUUAUUUUUGUCUCA